AUGAUCACUGGUACGGAGCUUUACAAUAUAUUUGCGGCCAUUGUGCCCUUAUAUUUUGCUAUGCUAUUAGGUUUUGCCUCGGUUAAGUGGUGGAAAAUAUUCACACCGGAGCAGUGCACAGGCAUCAACCGCGUUGUGGCGUUGUUUGCGGUUCCAUUACUUUGUUUCCACAUUGUUGCCACCAACAACCCUUAUAUCAUGAACUUUCGGUUCAUCGCUGGAGACUCUCUUCAAAAAGUGGUCAUUCUUGUAGCUCUCUUUCUAUGGCAAGCUUUGAGCAAAAAGGGCAGCAUUGAAUGGACCAUCACCAUGUACUCACUCUCCACCCUCCCUAACAAUCUCUUCAUAGGAAUACCUCUCAUGACAGCCAUGUACGGAGAGAUCUCUAGAAGUCUUAUGGUCCAGGUUGUGGUUCUUCAGGCUAUUGUUUGGUAUAAUAUCUCGCUCUGCUUGUUUGAGAUCAGAGCUGCAAAGGUCCUCAUUGCUGAGCAGUUUCCUGAGACUGCAGGUUCCAUCGCCUCCUUCAAGGUUGAGUCCGACCUUAUUUCGCUCAGUGGUCAAGACCCAAUAGAGGCGGAGACUGAGAUCAGUGACGACGGAAAGCUUCACGUGGUUUUGAGACGAUCUUCGAUUAAUAGGUCCUUUGGAAUGUAUUCCCGUUCCAGCGUGGGUUCCCUUACCCAAAGACCGCAAGCAUCAAACCCAGCCAAUAGUGUAGAGAUUUACUCAGUACAAUCUACUCCACAAGAACCCUACCGUUCAAUUUCAAUAAAUUCAAGCUUUAGCCAAACAGAUGGGAAUUUUCUGCACCCUAUGUUUGGAUACAUGGAGUCAAUUCCAAAACAUGGUUACACAAGGACCCGUGAUCGAUUUUCACCUUACGCAUCACCAGAUCAUCUGAUGCUUUUAGGGUCUACGCCUAGCAGUAAUUAUCGAAAGAUGAAACAUAGUUUCAGUGUUGGUGGUGGUGUUGGUGUUGGUGGUGGUGAAGUUCCUAAUAACAAGCAGGGGCUUCACAUGUUUGUUUGGAGCACAAGUUCUUCACCAGUUUAUGAUGUGCAUAACAAUGGCAGACAUGCUUUCAGCACUACUAAUACUGCUCUUAAACAUGAUUCCACUACGCCAGGAGAGGAGUUUAUCAUCGAUAAUCAAUUGAAACCUUUGAGGUAUAUAUAUGAGCUAUCUGCAGGGAAAAUCACCAGGGAUAGGGAGCUUGAUCUAGAGGAAGAGGCUAACUUCAAGGCAAGUAGGUUUCACAGGAAACAACUUCAGAUGCCGCCCACAAGUGUCAUAACUAGGCUUGUAUUCAUCAUGGUUUGGAGGAAGCUUAUAAGAAACCCUAGUACCUACGCAAGUGUUUUGGGUCUUAUAUGGUCCUUAAUAGCAUUCAGGUGUCACAUUAAAUUGCCAACAAUCAUAGAUGGAUCCAUAACAAUGAUAUCGAGCGCAGGCAUGGGAAUGGCUCAAUUCAGUUUAGGUCUAUUCAUGGCUUUACAGCCAAAGUUCAUUGCUAGUGGAAAACCCAUGGCAGCGUUUACAAUGGUUGUUAGGUUCUUGAUCGGCCCUGGAGUAAUUGCGGCAACCUCUUUAGCUGUUGGUCUUCGUGGAGUUCUUUUGCAAAUUGUAAUUGUUCAGGCUGCUCUUCCCUUAGCAAUUGUUCCCUUUGUGUAUGCUAAGGAGUACGAUGUUCAUCCAGACAUAAUUAGCACUGCGGUUAUUUUUGGAUUGAUCCUUGCCGUGCCCGUUACAAUUAUUUACUAUGUACUUCUUGGGCUUUGA